AUGACCAUUUCAAUUCUUUUUGAUAUCAUCUGUUCUCGACUGCCACGAGUACCGUUUAUAAAAACACUUUUUCUGGUGUUCGGUUACUUUGGGGGCUACGCUGCUUAUACUGAAUUUCUUAUUACCAAGCAAAACUUUUACACGUACCCUAUAUUGCGCAACUUUGAUGUCCGGGGCCGUUACUACUUUUAUGCAGUCAAUCUCAGUGUUGUCCUCAUCGUCUUCUUGCUUUCUGUCAUGAUUAUUCGAGUGGGAUCUACCGAACAAAAACGUAAAACAAAAAAGGACAAAACCAAGAAUAAGAAAAAUCAACAACCUCCAAAGCAAACUCGUGCUGUACCUACCGUCGGUGCCUUGGCUCCUGGAAUUUCUCUCUGUGUCUCUCCUGAAUGUAACCGUAUUUCGCCCCACAAAAUCGUAUUCAUCCAUGUUAAGUCGCGCAUCCUCAUUAUGGCUCUUUUGUACACAUUUGUGAGUGCUGCCUUCGAGCCCACGUUUGAUCGUCCAAUCUACUCCUCGCUGAAAAUACCUCUCGGCUUCUCGAUGUGUAGUAAGAAGCCGCAAAUGUAA